CUCUAACUCAGAGGUAGAAAUUAUUUACGAUAAACCCUCGACUCAAGAAAUUUUACCACAAGCUUAAUCUUGGAAUAUCCAUCUUUCCCAUCAAACUUGGGAUUAUGUUGUCCAACCUUUCGUGUGAGAAUUGAGAUAAAUUAGUUCAAGGAUAUCAUAAUCCCGAGAUAAUUUAAUCCGCCAAUCAGACGACCCUUGGUAAUCAAAUUCUGAAACUUUCUACUGGAGAAGAAUGAAAAGGAGUUUUAGUGCUUGACAAGAAAGACUUAAAUUUGUUUGUCAUUUUUAAGUGUUUGUUUAUAGCCGACCUAAACUAAUCUUUGGAUUGAGACGCAGUUGAUUCAUUGAUUUUCUAAGCAUUUCUAACUAUUCAAAGCAAUCAAUUUCAUUCUCUAAUCGUCCACGAUCCAAGCAUUUGAAAUCCAAAUUUGUCCAUCUAUAUGGGCCACGUUUUCUGAAUUUCAUUUUCUGUAGAGUUUUAUGCGGAAGGAAGAAUAUCUUCGGUUUUCUGCUGGGGUAUACCAAACUACUAUAUACCUUUGAAACUGCAUCAUUUCAUAGGGAGUAUCUUCUUCUUUUUCGGGUACACUUCGUUCACUGACCACCACCGGUCGGCCGACACCGGAGACGGAGUAGGCGCGCCGGAAACAGGUAAGGGUACUCUCCCCAGAUCUCCCUAUCCCCCUUCUCUCCCCCCUCUUUCCCUUUCUCUCCCCGUCACUGCUAUCGCCGGCGGGACUAGGGCUCCCUUCGGCUCGACUCCUCGGCUGCGGCGAAGUGUAAGGGGGUAGCACCGGUCAAAGCAAGUGGGUACGAAGACGCCGGCGACGCUCCGGCAGCUAUUCCGACAUCGAUAUUGUCUUAACCAGCAGCACACAGGCAUACCGGAAUGUCAAAAGUUAGAGACAGAACGGAAGAUUUUAAAGAUGUUGCACGUCGAUCAGCAUUGUCUUUGGGAUACGAUGAGUCUAAGACAGCUGCCUUAUUGGCAUCUUUUAUCAUGCAUAAACCUCGGCAAAGGUCAGGAUUCACCAGAGCUACUCUUAAAACGCUGGAGAGCAUUGGGACUCUAGAGCAAUUUUUGAUGAAACACAAGAAGGAUUAUGUUGAUUUGCACCGUACGACUGAACAAGAGAGGGAUAGCAUUGAGCAUGAAGUUACUAUUUUUGUAAAAUCAUGCAAAGAGCAGAUAGAUGUUCUCAGAAAUAGUAUAAACGAGGAAGAUGCAAAUUCAAAGGGAUGGCUUGGAUUGAAGGGUGACAAUCUGAAUGCUGAUACUGUAGCACACAAGCAUGGAGUGGUUUUAAUUUUAAGUGAAAAGCUUCAUUCGGUCACAUCGCAGUUUGACCAGUUGCGGGCAAUACGCUUUCAAGAUGCUAUUAACCGAGUGACACCAAGAAAGAAACGUAAGAACACUACCAAAUCAAAUGCUACAGAGAUCUCAGCUUCUAGUAGCUUGGAUCCUGACAUGAAAAGGGACUCUGAGGUCAGGGACGCUGAUGUAUCACAAGCAGUCCCUAUAAGAGUCCAAGAACAACUUUUGGACGAUGAAACUCGUGCGCUCCAAGUAGAGCUGAACAGUCUCUUGGAUUCUGUUCAAGAAACAGAAACAAAGAUGGUGGAAGUGUCUGCGUUAAACCAUCUUAUGUCCACUCAUGUUUUGCAACAGGCCCAACAGAUAGAGCUUUUAUAUGAGCAGGCAGUUGAAGCUACUCAAAAUGUGGCACUUGGUAACAAAGAACUGUCACAAGCCAUUCAAAGGAACAGCAGUAGCAGAACUUUUCUUUUGCUCUUUCUGUUUGUACUUACAUUUUCAAUCCUCUUCCUAGAUUGGUACAGUUAAUUAUAGGACAAUUAAUGGGAGUAUAGAACGUAAAUUAUCAAGUAAUGUGUUGUGUAACGUUACUAGAAAUUUGGAGGCAGUUAUUGUUUCUACUGGCCCAUGCCCAGCAAUAUUGAACUUUGUCUCAACAGUUUCACCAUAUUGCACUUUGAUUCCACAAUCAAAUAAUGUAAAUUGCGUUAA